AAAGAGGGAGGGAGGAAGAGGGACGGCUGGACUCCAUUAAGCCGAAGCCUGCAGGAAAAGUGUUUGGGAUACUUCACUUCUUCAGCGAGUUCUUCGGGGAUUUCUUUCUGCUUUUGUCGUCCGAAAAACUCUCCAUACAUGAUUUGAAGUGGGGGGACUUGUUCUAUACCGUGUAGUCGAGUGUUUUAGUGGGUUUUUUUCGUCUUUUGUGAAGGAUGGCGCUGGACGGGAUCCGGAUGCCCGAUGGCUGUUACGCCGAUGGGACAUGGGAACUGAAGAUGCAUGUCACGGACCUCCACAGGGAUGUGUCGCUGAGGGUCACCGGGGAAAUCCACAUCGGAGGAGUAAUGCUCAAACUGGUGGAGAAACUAGAUGUAAAGAAGGACUGGUCGGACCAUGCUCUAUGGUGGGAGAAGAAGAAGACAUGGCUGUUGAAAACCCACUGGACGUUGGACAAGUAUGGCAUCCAGGCCGACGCCAGGCUGCUUUUCACACCACAGCACAAGCUCCUGCGUCUACAGCUGCCCAACAUGAAGCACAUGAAGGUCAAGGUCAACUUCUCAGACCGCGUCUUCAAGGCUGUGUCAGACAUCUGCAAAACUUUCAAUAUCCGCCACCCAGAGGAGCUUUCCCUACUGCGUAAGCCGCGUGAUCCCAAGAAGAAGAAGAAAAAGCUGGAGGAGGUGGAGGAGGACGAUUUGGAGCUGGAGGGUCCGCUGUUAACCCCUGGAUCAGCCUCUGAGAUAAUAUACAUCGGGCCUGUCAAAGGGAGCAUCUACUCCAGUCCAGGCUUGUACAGUAAGACCAUGACCCCCACUUAUGACUCCAGAGACGGCAGCCCACUGUCACCCACCUCUGCCUGGUUUGGGGACAGCCCCCUCUCUGAAGGAAAUCCCAGCAUCCUCGCUGUCAGCCAACCAAUCUCCACACCUGACAUUCUGGUCAAACUCUACAAGCCCCAGUCCCUACUGGACAAAGCCAAAAUCAACCAGGGGUGGUUGGAUUCGUCCAGGUCUCUGAUGGAGCAAGAUGUGAAGGAGAAUGAGGUGCUGCUGCUGAGGUUCAAAUACCACAGUUUCUUUGACCUCAACCCUAAGUACGACGCCAUCCGAGUUAACCAGCUCUACGAACAGGCCAAGUGGGCCAUCCUGCUGGAGGAAAUUGAGUGCACAGAGGAUGAAAUGAUGAUGUUUGCUGCCCUGCAGUACCACAUCAACAAGCUGUCGAUCAUGUCUUCAGACAACCACAUGAAUAACAGCGAGAAGGAGGUGGAUGAGGUGGACGCCGCCCUGUCAGACCUGGAGAUAACUUUGGAGGGAGGGAAGACGUCCAACACACUGGGUGACAUCACAUCUAUUCCUGAGCUAGCAGACUACGUCAAAGUCUUCAAACCCAAGAAACUGACACUGAAGGGCUAUAAGCAGUACUGGUGCACAUUCAAGGACAUCACAAUCUCCUGUUACAAGAGUAAAGAGGAAUCACACGGGACGCCUGCUCACCAAAUGAAUCUUAGAGGCUGUGAGGUAACUCCAGAUGUUAACAUCUCGGGUCAGAAAUUCAACAUCAAGCUGUUAAUUCCUGUGGCCGAUGGCAUGAAUGAGAUCUGGCUUCGGUGUGACACGGAAAAGCAGUAUGCCCACUGGAUGGCUGCCUGUCGCUUGGCCUCCAAAGGGAAGACCAUGGCGGACAGCUCUUACAACCUGGAGGUCCAAAAUAUCCUCUCCUUCCUCAAGAUGCAACACAUGAACCCUGACCCUCAGGUCAUUGAGCCAAUCACCACCGAUAUCAACCCAGAAUGCCUUGUGUCCCCGCGCUAUCUGAAGAAGUAUAAGAACAAGCAGAUUUCAGCCAGGAUCCUUGAAGCCCACCAGUAUGUGGUCCAGAUGAGUCUCAUCGAGGCCAAGAUGCGUUUCAUCCAGGCGUGGCAGUCUCUGCCGGAGUUUGGAAUCACCCAUUUCCUCGCCAAGUUUCAGGGUGGGAAGCGAGAAGAGCUGAUCGGCAUCACUUACAACCGUUUGAUCAGGAUGGACGCCAGCACUGGAGACGCGAUCAAGACCUGGCGCUUCAGCAACAUGAAACAGUGGAACGUCAACUGGGAGAUUAAGAUGGUAACGGUGGAGUUUGCAGACGAGCCCAGUCUGUCGUUCGUCUGUGCUGAGGUGGACUGUAAGGUGGUCCACGAGUUCAUCGGGGGCUACAUCUUCUUGUCAACGCGUGCCAAGGACCAGAACGAGUCUCUAGACGAGGAGAUGUUCUAUAAGCUGACUAGCGGCUGGGUCUGAGCUGCUCUAACAUUUAACAAGAAAAAAUGGGUCAACGAUCGCAGGUCAGGGCCCAGGAGGGGAGCGACUGAGGGUCUAUGGGAGGGUAUAUAUGGGGUUUAUUUUAUUCUACUAUCUCUCAGUGUUUUUAUUGUUUGGAGCUGUGAGUCCAGAACAGCACUACAUUUGCCAUGGCUGACACCAUUUUAGUUCUCUUUUUUUUUUUUUUUUUUUUUUGUGUGUUGACAAAUCAUUGUUACAACACUAAAAUGUAGCCAGGGUGGUCCAGAUGUGUGGUUGAAGCCGAUGCCACACGCCUCCUCUCCUCCUGGACCGAUGGCCAUCAAUGUAACGUCCAUGACAACCCUUUAAACCAAUCAUACUCAAGAUUUAAUCCCAAAGAUUUUCUUCUUUAAUCUUUUCGCCUUUUUUUAAUCUUUUCUAAAACUUGACUAAAGGAGCUGACAUCAAACUGAGUUUUAUCUUAUUUAUCCUAAACCAGAUUUCAUCAGAGUCCAAUCAGAAGACUGUUUCUAAACAGCAGCCUCCUCUGAUCACAGCUCUACAUGUCCAUCCUAUCCGCUAUAUGAAGGGUUAAACCUCUCUGAAGUCACAUGUAAGCACUUCUACACUAUAUAGUCCUCUUUUUGAAUAAGCUGUUGUUGAAUUUUCUUCUGCGUUGAUGUCUGUUGUCUUUGUGUCAGAGCUCUGCGUGAGCUUCCAAUGCCGAAGUUUUGUUUUCUUUUCAACCGUGAGCAUUUAGAAAACACACUACAGUUCAGUGCAGAUGAGAGUCGUGUGGGUUUGAAAAUCUUCCUCCCAAUGAUGUUAACAGCCUUGCUGCAAAAAUACUCCUCUUAAAAGUCAGUAAUUCCAGUGUCCUUAUCAAUUGCAUGAUGCCUUCUGAAGGGGCGUUGAUUUAACAAGUUGAUGUGGAUCUUUAAAGAGAUAUUUCGUCAAUUUUAAAGUUGGGUUGUAUGAGGUACUUGGCAAUAGUAGUGGCAUAAGCCUCCAGUGAUUGCAGAGAGUGUUGCCUUUUUAGGCAUGGCAUGCUUGGAGAAGAUAGGCUUUAUAGUUCUACUGACGGUUACAGCAGCUCCAUGUAAUUUACCAAGUUUUAGGUAAAAAUGGGCCAUGGCUUAAUUUUUGAGGCAUGUUAUUUUUCACCAGGAAAGCCUCUGUGUUUGGCACUAUUUUGCAAUGGAAGCUUUGGCUAACUGCUACGUCUUCCUCCACCUCAGUAUAUCUGAUCAGCUGUUUGGGUCUGCUGCUUUGUCAGAGACAACAACAAUAAACCAAAAUUAGUUAUUUCAGCACAGUUUUUCACUUCAGUAGCUGACAGUGUUUGCCAGUUGUAGUUUGUUUAGUGUUAAGCCAUUAGAAGAAUAAAGCUACAGCCAUAAACUUACUUAGAUGCCAAAUUUCCAUUCAACUCUUCAGGUUGGAGUCAGUCUCUCCAAUUUAUCUCCAAAAAGUUGAAAAAGGUCAGUAAAACAGUGGAGCUCAGUAAGGCAGGGGAACUCUGGAUGGGGAGUGAUGCAGGCUGCAAGCCGCUGCUUUCAACAGUAGUUCUCCUAGACAUGGGCUGACAGUUUCCACACCUAUGCCACCAAGUAGCUCCUGCUCACAAGUCUCCACUAAAGAAGAUGUUACCUGCUCGUGACCCUCAAAAUAACCGUCAGAGACCGGGGACCCACCUUUCCUGGAGGUGGUUGAAGCAUACGAUGUUGCACAAAGCACGUGGACAAAUGUAGUUUUUACUUAUAUUCACGCAAAAUCUCACUUCAUAACUGUGUUUUUAUUUUAAAUUUGAACUCAUUUAAAAAAUGUUUUUACAAUAAUGGAUGACAUAUCUCUCCCAUCUAUCUUUCUGCUAAGUCUCCAUCUGCAGAAGUUCUUCCUCUGUGCACUCUGGGUCUAAAAAGCAUGCCCUCGUAUCCACAGUAAACAACACAUCAUCGCCACUACAGUCAAAAUAAAAUGUUUUAGUGUCA